AUGGAUGGCCAGCAAGGUAUCUAUAUUGAUAUCGUAUCAAGCAAAGGCAAUCGUCAAUUGAUCGCCGCUUAUGUGGGAUCAUCCAAGCAAAUGAGCCGACGGAUCAAGGAACACCGAGAUAUUGCCAAUCGUUUGAACCGUGGAAAGGCACUUAGUUAUCGGAGGAGUCCUUACUAUACGCUGUUGCAAAAGAAAGAGGUUGAGCCGCAUGACUUUGUCUUUGCGCAGUUCUCCAACCGUCUACCCCCUGCAUAA